CGAAACCAAUCGGUACUCGGUCAAGUUCUACGACAGCAAAGUAUGUAAGAGUUUUUUAUUAGGCUGCUGCCCGCACGAGAUCCUGGCCUCCACGGUAAGUAAUGCUAACGGGACACACACAUACACACACGGGGAUCUGUGAUAUGUUGUUGUACGCUUAGAUAUCAAUGUCUUCCAUCCCGCUCUUUACAAUUCUAUCCACAUUUUCCUCUGUGAUGUUGUAACAUCCGUCUCUCCCCCGCAUUGUUCCCCGUGUCUUUUGGAAAGUAUUAUGCCCAAAUGUAUCUGAACGAAGCGAAUGUACAAAUUAGAUUGACACUUGCAAGCGCUUGCAAGCUUAGAAGGUUGCGGCAAAGGUUGCCGUGGUUGCUGUGGGAGAGUGCGCUGGCGUGUUUUUGGGCGUGCUGUAUGAUUGUUACUGCUCCUGUUACUUUAUCUUUCCCACUCUUGUUCGGUUCUGUUCUAUUUUUUACAGACGUCGGUCACAACACGUCGCUUUUUCCUCACAAUUUCAAGCAAUAAAAAUCAUUCCCAAUACAAAAAAAAACGCAAGAUACACACAAUAGCCCAUACCAGGCAAAAUGAGUAAAAAGGGAAAGCGAAGGUGCGUGUGCAUUCUAUUUGGUAAGUUGUGCUAUCUCGCAGCGAAGCGCAGGAAACCACAAGCCGUAAGCAAACCAAAAUAAUAAAAAAAACAAAUUUAUCGAAUAACUAGAUGUGUGCAUGUUGCCCUAUAUGCAUAUAAAGCAAACUUUCAUCUUUCGCUUAGGGGAGGGCCACCCCGCGACCACACGGUAUCGCGUGCGGCCGCCAUCGUCGUUGCUCGUUGCUCUGUAGAUUCGUUCAAGCAAGCAAAUCGCAAUCGCCUGCACCCACUCGCGUUAUGAUAAGAAACGAACUAGUCCGAUGGUCGCGAACCGUUUGUUGUCCGCCCGCAAAGCAACCAUCCUUCUUUAACGCACUGAUUGAUAAGAGAGUCAUGAUGAUGAUGAUGAUGAUGAUGAAGAUGAUGGGAGAGAAUAAGACUGAAGCCGAGUCUACAUCCUGUCGCCCGCUCAUUACCCGCUCUCCAACGAUGCCAAGCAGUUUCUAGUUGUCCGACCCAUUUGCCCUACCUACCUACCUUUCCCACGCUACACGCGGUGCGGGCAAGCAACCGGCCCGUCCGGGGGUUUGGUGGUUGCACUUUUGUUCAGAGACAGUGGCUGCUGCUGACGCUUCCUGGCCCGGGUACCGUAAGUGUUUCCUACAAUGUUUGCCGUCGAAAAAAGAGAAGAAAAAAAAACAAUUAUCAAUAUUCCUUACCCCAUUCUCGACACCUAGUACCCUUUAUUCUGACCCAGCUGUGUAUAGAUGAUAAUGUUUAGUUUUGAUUGAUUUGUAAUUUGCCUGACGAUUCGUGCGUAUCGGUCCUAUCUUUCUCCCACGAAACUUCGGCAUUCGAUAAUAUAAGCCCAAUUGUCUACAGAGAAUCAUAUUUGUGUCAUGGUGACUGGGGGCCCAUUGUGGACGAAAGAUCUGCGGGAAUGUGCCUCUGGUUUUGUGCACCACACCGCCCUAGUCUGCGUUUAGUGUGUAGUUCGUCUUGGGUACGUAUUAAUAAUGAAGGAUAAAUCCAAACACUUGCGAGAGCAAAGCCCCCCUGACAUAGCUUCUUCAUCCGACGUUUGGGUACUGUCCUGGUGUGUGAUACGCUUACGGGUACGUAAAUAUUGUGUUUGUGAGAAUGCAAAUACUACCGAUAAGAGACAAAAGUUGUAGUUCGCUUAGGCAGGCAAAUAGGAAGCGUUGAACAGGAGGAUACUACAUCAGAACCUUAGAGCAUUAUUAAUUGCCCAGAUUUUAUUUAUCAAUUUAUUUAUGACAAAAAGCUCUUCUAAUUUAUUUGUAGAAUAUAGUUUUAUGUGUCUCUUUAUUUUGAAGUUUGCUUUUAGAAAGAUAACCAAGAAUCGUAAAAAUAAUUAAAAAAUGAAGUCAUUUCCAGAAAAACAGGAAAUGAAUAGCAUUUUAAAAGGAUAAUUAAAGUACUAGUAAACCUCCUCCCAGUUACUAUAUCUGUGAAGUAGACAUGCAGGGCAGUAAGAGAAAGGUAUAUAAUUGUAUAAUUUGACUAAAACAAAAACGAUCGCUCUCCUACAUUUGGGAACGUGUUAUCAUUAUCUCUAGGUGUGUGGUGUUUAAACUGCUUGGUGAGUAACAAACAAACAUCAUCCAAUUUAUAUUUUUAACUAGGUUUCCUUUUCUGUAACAUCCGGUAUCCGACAUCAUCUAACAUCUGUACCAAAAUAAGCAAAACAUUUUUGAUUUUCAGGUCUUCUUGUUGUCGAAUGCGUUCUCUCUCUCUCUCGUGUGCACGCGCGCUGCUCCAUCAAGCAAGUUAUAAAUUCCUAUAGUAAUUUCAAUCUUAACCUAUUGUUCCUUUGUUUGAUGUGUGCGGUCAGUGCAGCUGAAGACGCAUUUCUAUGCUGCGUUUAAAGUAUUGCCUUUUUACAAUAAGAUAGCGUUAAAAAGUUUAGUUGAGUUUCCUUUUUUUUUUGUCUUUUUGGCUGCGUGUUUGUCUGUGCCUCCUGUACUAAACGAUCGAGUGUUUCGUUUCUUUCCUUCUCUUCCAUCUUUCCUUCGUUCUUCGUUCUUUUGUACGUGACGUCACUGUGUGUGUCCGUGUGUCUGUAGCGUAUGGACCUUGGCGAGUGUCCUAAGGUGCACGAUCUGGCCCUGCGAGCGGACUACGAAAAUGCAUCAAAGAACAAGGACUACUACUAUGACGUUGAUGCAAUGGAACAUCUGCAAGCCUUCAUCGCGGACUGCGAUCGUCGCACGGAGGCGGCCAAGAAACGGCUCGCCGAAACGCAGGAGGAGCUAACAGCCGAGGUGGCCGCCAAAGCGAACGCAGUGCACGAGCUGGCGGAGGAAAUCGGUAAGAAACUUGCUAAAGCGGAGGCUCUAGGUGAGGCGGGACAGGUGGAGGAAAGCAUGAAGCUGAUGUCGGAGAUCGAGGAGCUGCGGUCGGAGAAGACGCGCGCCGAGCAGGAGUAUCGCAGCUCGAUACCGGCCAGCACCUACCAGCAGCAGAAGCUGCGCGUCUGCGAAGUCUGCUCGGCCUAUCUGGGCAUCCACGACAACGACAUCCGGCUGGCGGAUCACUUUGGCGGUAAGCUACAUCUGGGCUUUCUGGCCAUUCGCGAAAAGCUGGCAGAGCUGGAGAAGACGGCCGGUCCGCGGCAGAAGGAGCUGCGCAAGACGGGGCGCGACCGGGACCACGAGGAUCGGAGCCGAUCGCGGUACGUCGGCGGCAGGGAGCUGGAUCGGCGUUCCCGUGCGUUGGCCCGCAGCCGUGACCGGAAGGAUACGAAUCGCGAAAUUAAACCGGGUGAUGAUCGGAAGGAUCGGAAUGAAGGUCGUGAUCGAGAUCGCGAUCAGCGUGACCGAGGCGAUCGUCGCCGGUCGCCCGAUCGUAGCAGCCGCCGAUCGAGAAGCCGCGACCGUAGCCGUGAGCGCGACCGCCACAACGAUCGGCACAACGAUCGACGCCGGCGGUCCCGGUCACGCGAACGAUCCAGACGGUAAGCAUCUAUCAUUCUGUAGACAUCCCAAAACCACACAAAGCAGGUAGUAGCGGAUAGGACUGCACAGAGAGCUGAUCUGUCCGACGUUCGUGCGUGCUGCAGCCCGCACCCGAUUUUAAUAAACGCAAUGAUCGUGCAGACGGCUUCAAAGGUUCAACGGAAAACUCGCGCUCUUGUUGUGGAUGGACCGCGGAACACCGAUUAAUUUGUAAGCAUAGUUCUAACUUCAUUAUAAUUUUUAUUCAACCUUACGAUAUUUGUUUUUCCUAACCGACACGUCGCAAAUUGUGCUAAUUGGACAGUGUUGUUUAAAUGAAACAAUCACAGUUAGUUAAAAAAAAACUUCUUGUAAAAUGGAACCAAUUUCAAUGAAACAUCUUGAUAUUGUUUAAACAUUUAAUUACACACUCUGUUCCGCUGCGUAGUUUUAUUGCCCGGUGGUGAAUGUAUAAGUUAACACAGAAAUGGUACAAUAAACCCCCGUCGAUGGGUUAUUAGUGCAUAACAAUUUGCGAGUGUAUCGUUGCAUCGUGCUGUGUCGUCGCAAAUCGCUUUGAUUCGGACCCGGAAAGAGAGAGCGAGAGAGAGAGGGAGAUCAACUGAAUUGGCGAACCACCUCUGAGUAUGUAUUGCAAAGCGUGUAAAUGCAGAAUUAUAGCAACAAAAAUCUUACGUAGUCCGUAGGGGUAGUCAUAAUAUUCUGAAGGCAAAUCAGAUCAGUAAAAUGGGGCUUUUUGGAGUUUUUGAACUAUCGUCCGGGAUGUGUGUGGUUUUGUUAUGUCUAGUUUGAGCUGAUUGCCGUCUAAGCACUGGCACAACUGAUUCACUCAGCCGUGAAUCGUAAUCCUAUCAUCAGACAUACAUUGUCCAUCGUUUUAAAAAUAAUGUAUCCUUGGGGAAGUGGAAGCUUGACUUUUUCAUCUUUGCAUGAAAACGAACGCUUCUAUUGCUGUUGCAGGAUGGCUAAUUUAUUUUAGCAACCAAUCACCCAUUAGGGCUUUGUAAAGUAAAAGCACACAGGACGCAACUGAAACGCGCAAUUGCGAGCGUUUUUCAUGUUCGAGCAAAAUUCAAAUGAAAAAAGUAAAAUAGGCAUAAGCAUUUAAAUAACGUUUUAUAUCAACCAUCUGUAAGAUCCCCAUACAGGUUUUUUCGUAGGUGUAUAGAAGAAAUAAAAUCGAGCAUUACGUGUCAAAUAAAA